AUGGCCAGCUACACAAGCCCGGAUGUCGUGGACCUCACUUGCGCGCCCAGCUCUGGUGAACUCACCACAUCGGCAGUCUGGGUGACAGCAGAACUGGAUCCAUUCUCAAGGUACCCCAACGCCGGCGACAGUCAAGAAUUUGUAUAG